CAGACAUACAGAGAGAAAGGCAAAGGUUGAUGAGUGCUGGGGAUCGAAACGUGACACAGAAAAAGUAAUAUUUUCUGUUAGGAUAAACUGUUAUCAUGUCAUACUGCGAGGAUACGAUUAAGAAAAUGCUUCCUAAGACUUACCUUCGCAAACAUGUGGCUCACGAAAUACAUGUUGCACUGGCUUACUUUAAAAACCUUAUGCCCACGAUGGAUAAAUACGUUUACAAUGAUGGCACCACAAAGGACUUGAUGAGUUUGACCGGAACCAUUCCUGUCAUAUUUAAUGACCAGACCUACAACAUACCCAUUUGCCUGUGGAUUGAGGAAAGCUACCCCCAGACUGCUCCCAUCUGCUAUGUCAGACCCACGCGUGAGAUGAUGAUCAUCAGAGGAAAUUACAUAUCCAGCAGCGGUGAAGUCGAGCUGCCUUACCUGGAGGAGUGGAAGAAGGGCGAGUGUGACUUAAUGAGUCUACUGCAAGUGAUGGCUGCCAUGUUUGGAGACUUUCCUCCUGUAUGUAUGCAGCCUCAAUCAGAGCCCAAACAAGCCUCAUGUUGGCUACAGUUCCACAGGGAAGCAGAGGUGCUUUCCAAUACAGAUGGAAGUUCAUAUCUGUGUUUAGCAAGAGAUGAUGGUCAACCUUUCCAGCAAGAAAAUGAAACCAGCUGUUAAUCUUUUGUGGAAUGUAAUUGAUUGUGUGUAAAAACUGUUUUGGUGUUUCCUGUGAAAUGUUUUAUCCCAUAUACAGUGUCAGACAGUAUCCAUGGAUUGGUUUAUUGUUCAUAUAUUCAUAAUUUCAGGCAACAACAUGCUGUGUGUCUAUUUUUCAAAUGAUUUAGGUUGCAAAUGUCUAACAGCAGCUGAUGCAAACAUAUCUACUUUAUUUGGUGGGAAAGUAUUGUGCAUGUAAUUUAAUGUUUUGAAAUGUUUUUGUAAGAACAUAGUAAACUGCUUUGGCCUUUGAAUGGCUGUGUGUUUACAGAUGUGAAUUAGUUUACAAGCUCAUAAAGCUGUAUGUUAACUGCAUACAUUGUGACAGUAGCCAAAAAUGCCAUGGACUUUUAACCAAAGACGAGAAAAGACUGUGAUUUACAUACAGAACCAGGUACAGACCAGUGUAGUAUGGUACAUUAUGGAACAGUGUGGCUUAUUUCAUUAAGACAGAAAACAGAUUAGAACAGAAAUUCUUCAGUCAGUGAGAAAGUCUUCAGUUAAGCUGGAAAUCUACCAUACACUUUAGCAUAAACUGGUUGGCUUUGCUUGUUGAUAUACUAUCUCAGUUACUGUGUGUAAAAAAAAACAAACAA